CCUAUCGCCGCUCUUUCCCAGCGUCGCGAGUUCGACUGCCGCUCAUGCCCUCUUUCCCCUUAAUUUUGCGUUUCUGUCUGGUAUCCCAUUAAUUCAUCAUCCCGACACCCCGACAUCCAACUUUCAGCCUGCCCUCUAGUACUCAGAGCGGAGGGUACCCGGCAGCAUGCAGCUGUACAAAGCAAUCGAGGAGAGCAUCCAGUACAUCGGAAUUGAUGGAGUACUUGGAUCCGCCCCCUCAGAUCUGCAAGCCCACCUCGCCGGGAUCAUCAACCCAAUCGAUGACCAAACCUUUCAAUACAUCUGGCAAACUCUAGUCAUUCAGUCCAACAUUGAAGUGAUUCUCACCGCUCGGCCCAUCGCCGUCGUUUCCGAGGUUGAUAUCAAAGGCAAAGGGAAAGCCACGGAUGACACUGAAACCUUGUCGUUCAAGACACCUAUCGUCGUGUUGGACAAGGUGGAUGGGUUGCAAUACAAUGGUAUCGGGAAUGUCGCCGUCAGUGACUUCAAGGCGCUCAAGGAGAAGUGGGGUGCGAGGCUGAGAGUGAGGUGUACGACGGAAGAGAUUCAUUAUCAGCUCACUGGCAAGCAUCAAGGAACUUUGAAUUUGUCCAAAGACGCUCUGAGUCUUCUCCAGCUGGUGGCGAUGGCCCGCGGGAAGGGUAUCCGCUACAUGUCACUGGUCGACCUGCUCGGGGGUGGUGAUUGGUACUCGAGGAUGAACAUGCUUGUAGACAACGGUCUGGUCGCCAAAGUCGAGUUCCUAGACCGAAACGCGAACAGCAACAUGAUCGUACACUUCAGAUAUCUCCACCUCAACCCCCAAUACCUCUCUUUCUGCCGACUCAACCCUCAGCUUCAAAACACACUUCCCACAGACGUAGCCGUAUCGCUCCGACAAGACUUGCAGAGGGAGGAAGAAGAAGAGAUCGCCGGGGGAGAGGAAGAUGAGGAGCAUGCGGACGAGGAUGUUGGGGAGUGGGAUCUGGGAUUGGCGCCCAUCAGCGAUACUGAUAUCAAAUCGCCGCAUAUGGUGCAGGACAGGAUCAUGAGGAUCCUUGACCACCCGAAACUUACCAAUCACCUCAUCAGAUACCGGGGGCUUAUCUAUGCUAUGGGUUGGCGAAGCAAGACUAUUCAAAAACAACACCGAGCCAUACGAAAGGUCAUUACCACCAUGGUCGAUGCUGGCGUCGUCGAGAAUCUGCUCGUUGGCGAUGGCAAGAAACAAGUUUUGUGCUUACGUUUGACCAAGUAUGGACCUAAUCCGGGGCAAGAGGUCAUGGGCCGUGAAGAGGUGCAGGAAGAGCAAAGGUCCAUCGAAGAAAUUGCUCGCUUGCCUCUUUACAAACCAAUGCCGGGUGUCAUGGUCACCAGGACUCUGGAACGUCAGCUUCUGGAGCUUAUUGCCAACGCUCCCAAAGGAAUAGUCCGUGGUGAACUGAAACGCAAGCUCAACUCUGUCUAUCUGAGGAUAGUCGAAAAGAUCCUCGGUAUGAUCUACGGGGAACAGGGAAAUCAGUUCCCCGAUCAAUUUUGGGCUCUUGCUGUCUAUGGUGCUGUGAUCUCUACCGGCAGACAAUCUUACGUCAACUAUCUCACAAGCUCUCACGCCCUUGCCUUCUUUGCCGAACAUGACCACCAGCACAAAGUCCAGCCAGAGCCCUCCUCAUCCGGUCACUUUCUUGAUUUGCCUCCCCACUAUUACCGCUCUACUCAGCAGUUUAUCGACUAUGUGGAAAGAGGAUCUACAGACUCUGAUCUGGAGGCGAGGAUGCCAAAUCUGCCGGGCAAAACCAAAUCAGCCCCCAAAAAGAGAGGCCGACCCUCGAAGCGCGGAACUCAAGGUGGACGGGACAGAGCGACGGAGUCCUGUGAGCCCGAGAACCGAGGUCGUCCCAAGUCCUAUGUCGUAGUCUACAACGACAUCAAGGGUGGUGGCGAGCAUGGACGCGAACGCAGAGUCUGUGGUGAUAUGUAUCGUCAUCCGGAUGUGCCCGAUAUCCUGUUGUUCAGUUGGACUACAGGUCUAGUUUAUCCGGCGUCCGACAAAUUCAAUCCGAGAACAAAGCAGCCUCCGCCCCCAUACGAACAAUGGCAGCUCGACCAAGGGCGUCCUCCGGCCUUCUACGAUCAAUACCCUCAUGCCAAGAAGCGGUCUGCUACCCUGCGAAAGCCCAAAUGGCUUCUGGAGAUGGAAGGGUCAUUGGUCGGAGGGGGAGGUGACCGUGAUUCCGGGGCUGUUGGUGAUGGCGUUCAAGGUGACGGAAUUCAGGAAGUUGGCGACGAUGGUCUUAGAGCAUCAAAGAGGCGAAGGACGACGAUGAGCUAUGUUGAAGCAGGCGAAGAAGCCGAGAGCGGCCCAUCUGGAACGACAGCCGAUGACCAAUUUCAGAGCCCCCCCCCUUCACCCAAGAAACCUGGCAAACCACCAAAGAAUAAGCCGGCAACCACUGGUGCCAAACGCGGCCGCGGCAGACCUCGCAAAAAUCCUUUGCCCGACCUCGAAAGCGCGGCAGAUCCUACUGUCACUCUGCCUGAUACAGGUGACGUGUCUCAAUCGGCUGCCACUGAUCUGCAAAACUCUCAAACUCUUCCUGUCGCCGAGACGACCGCCGGUGAUGUCAUUCCUAUUGAAGCUUCCGGGGCUACUGAAAGCGUGAAACCUCCGAAGAGGCGAGGUAGACCUGCCAAAGUCACUCCCGCUGCCGGUGCUUCCAGUUCUCUAGACCUGGACCAACCGCCUAGAAGGAGAGGGCGUCCGUCCAAGUCAAAGGGACAAGACAUUGGAGACGGUAUCCCUGGCAUCAAAUCUAGUCUGCUGUCCGGAUUUCCCCCCCAUUUCGGUACGGACAUCGAGUCGGAGACUUCCGCGGCCGGAGGAAUCAGUGUUGAGAAGAACGCCAACGUUGUUGAGCCUGCUGGAUCCGGGACAAGAUCAAUUGCGGUCAAAGAUCUUGGGAGGAAGAGGAAAGCGAUUACCCCUCAAGGUCAAGAUCAAGAAGAUGGUCACGGCAACUCUUCCGUCGCUGUCACACCCCUACAGACUAUUCAGCCUCUUCCAGCUUCACCGCAAACACCAGUCGUCAGCGUAGUCGAUGAGGAGGUCGCUGCUCAGUCUGCUACGCCUCAGGAUACCCUUGCCACGCGCACAAAGAAGAAGAGGAAGGUCAAUACCGGCGCAGAGACGACAUCUCGUGGGACACCCAGCAUUGGGGAUGCUAUCCGCGCCACCCAGCUCUAUGAUGCCAUUCGCGAUUCUGGCGGUGCCGUGAAAAAGCGAGACGCUCCUCAAGUCUUAUAUGACUACCUGGCGAAGACUCAGGGCGUAGACAAGGCCUUCAUCACAACCUCGACUUACGCUCGGCGCAUGUUCAAUAUCCUCAUCGGGGACAACCGGAUCAGAGAAACCAAAACCAAGUUUCCCGAUCAAUUCAUGCGACACAUCGAUCAAACGUUCUAUUACGUAUCCGACCUGCCGGAUGAUACACUGAACGCCUACAUCCGAGAACAAGCAGCAAAACGACAAGCGCCUCCGAAGCCUGGCACCAAGGAACCUACUUUGAUCAAUGCGAAGUACUCUGACUUUGCUCGGCCUUCCCAUCCUACGAAACGGUACGAUGGCCAGUCUGUCGAGGGAUCGGCCGUCGACUUUACGGACGGAAGGCAGUUUCAUUUGCGCGAGAGUGCCCAUGUGGUCCCUCAGCUCUAUGGUUACAAGCUACAACGGUAUAUCCGUUCGGCCAUCUUGCACCGCGUCGUUGUCGAGAUUGCCUCCUCUCCCGACUCUCAGUGUAUGAUAUCCAGGGUGCCCCCAAUAUUCGAAACGGCCAAACUCAUUGGAGAUAUACGGAUCGGUGAUUGGUUCGCUCUGCUGCGAUACACGGCAUACCAAGAGCACGUUGCAACUUGGCUUGAAGACCCUGCCCAUCGCGAGAUCAAAGUGCGCGACGUACCGGCCGAGAUCGACACAUUCAGCAAGCCCUUUUUGAAUCCCGUGGGAUCCCAAAGGUUCACUGUCCUGUUCGAAAUCCUGGACGCUCUGAAUUGUGUCACUCCCCUCGUAGCCGCAGCAGGCGGCGCCAAAGUGGUCUCUGCCGGGGAUGCAGAUUUCCAGAGAUCGACUAUGGACUUGUCGCCAUACUAUCUGCUUCAUAGCUACGUCCCCGUGUACCAUCUGGUUAUUGAGCCAGAUGCUCCGUUACUUGGAGUCGUUCAAGUCAAGACAGCGAUUGAAGUGGAAAGAUAUUGGAAAUAUCUGAGAGAAGCCGCCCUCGUUGCGUCGCCCAUCGAUAUCGUAGAAAGGGUGGAUCCGUCUUCUGUCCAAGAAGCUAUGCCUUUCAUCCCUGUCUAUCCCGAAGUCUAUAAAGUCACACCCAAACUUCCCCAAUCAAUCAAGAACGCGAAGAAGUGGGAAGACAAGCCAUGGGUCAGCCUGCGCCAGGAAACAGCUCUCAAGAGCGCCAUUGAUCCUCAAACAGCUACUCUUCGUGAGAAGACUAUCAAACAGCUCGCUUGGGAUGUGGCCCUUCCUCCCAACGUUGCCGAAGCCAAAUUGCAGCAGCUCAUGCAAGCUCAAGUCCAGGUGAUUGCCCAUCGUGACGAGGAGCUUCGUCGAAUCGCUGUCCGAGCUACUGAACGCCGGGAGCAGGCCCGUCAAAGCAUCCAAGCUCGUCUGGCGGAGGAAGAAGUCGCUGCGCGUCAAGUCUGGCAGGACCGUGUCAAGGCUAGUGCUUUGAGCCAAGGAAUAGACUACACGCUAGAGCUCCUCGACUUCCUUACUGAGAGGACCAAAGGCGUCGGGAAGAAGGAUUCGGUCCCAGAUGCGCAGGUUACGUAUUGGGUCAAGGUCUGGGAAAUGUGUAGAGGGAUGAGUGAAGAGGAAAGGCAGUCUCUGAUGGCCUCGCGAAAGGUCUCGUUGAAGCUGCAAGGGAAAGACUCUGCACCAAAGGUUGUGAGGCAGAAGAAGGGCCGGGGAGAGCGAACGACAAGAGUGAACGAUUCUGCUGCUUCAGGCGCUGGCCCUUCUGCAGCGAGUGGCGCCAAGCGUAUCCGACGUAAAUGGUCUUCCGAAGACGACGAUCUCAUCAUCGAUGGCGAAGCCAUCAUUAGAGCACGUUCAAGAACCAAUAACUAUCGAGGCCGGGCGUGCAUGACAGCGCUGCUUCCAGACGUUUCUCUACAGACUCUCCGUAACCGGCUUACCCACAUCGUCUCUGAGCCAGGGAUGGCCACCUACUUGUCAAGGCUGGAACAGGCUUGGUACGAGAUCUGGAUGAAGCAUAGGGGAACGGAGGUGCUGCCGGACGACAAUAUUCACAGUUCUGUGGAUUUCGACAUCAAGGCCCAUCUGGAGUAUUUCCGAAAAAGCGUUGAUAAGCGGAAUUUAAAACUUCUCGCGACAUCUGCUCCUGUUCGGCAAACGGAGCAUGCCCCAAAUCUCCCCGCGAACAUAGCUUCCCUUCUUCAGCAACAUGACUAUUCCUACACCAAGACCAAGAAUCACACCUUUGACACUCUUGCAGACUCUCUAAUGGCUGAGGAUCUCCAUGUGAGCCACCUCGCUCGCACAUCAUUUGUCAUGCCCAGAGUCCAACAGGAGAGCAUCAUGGACCUGGCUUUGGUCGAGAAUGACCGGGAUACUGGCAAACUGACCGCUACGCUCAAGUCUAUUAUUGCCACGCCAUCGAUCUCGUAUGACCCUCAUGCUGGACAGCGUCUUCUAAAGUUUUGGCAGGAGCCCGUCUACGAGAACAUCAUUGCCGACCUGGUGGAUAAGACUGUCAUCCGGAAGAUUGGCUCGGGGUCUGUUGCCGGGACAGGAGGCAGGCGUUACGACUUUACUCAUCAAUGGCAGCAAUUGUCCGAUGGACCUCUUCCUGGUAGUUUCUUCACGGAAGCAGGGCAGAUGGAAAAGAAGUUGGAAAUUGUAGGAGCGGAAGGUAUUGAAUGGCCUCUAAUCGGGAAGCCCGGCGAACUUGGCGCUCUCUUGAGUAUGGCCUCGAACGAAGAAGUCGACUUUAGUUUCAAGAUUGAAGACUGUCUUCCUAUCCGUAUCCCUCACUACAACACUCGAAAGCUGAACGACGACGCAUACGAAUUCGAUUUUAAAGUCACGCGCGUGAAGCCGGCACCGCCUUUUGCUGACAUUCCAUUGCCCAGGCCCGAUGCCUGUAAAGCUCCCGCAAAAUGGAAUAUCGUCCCUGAUAUCGAUGACGCUAUCGUCACAUCGGUCAUGGGCGCCAUCACGUCUGCGGGUCAAGAGGGUAUAAGCAAACCCAGCCUGCUUGCUCUCCUCGACCUUGUCCCCCGUCAGCUCGCCCAUGCUCUUGCUCGAAUUUCUUCAGACCCCAUGUCCCGUAUCUUCUGGGGAGGCUACGAUACCGCCCGUGCCAUCGAUCGUCAAUACUGGAGUGCAUGGUGUAUAGAGACAAGGCCUUACGAAUCGAAGGACCGGGCAGAUGCGGACAGGUCGACAGAGCCCAGGAGAUGGGUGGAUGUUUAUGGGAAAGUGAUCGAGAAAGAGUGGAGGAGAGGAUGCAAUACGGUGAUAGCGCAUUUGGCGAGCCGUCCGGGCAUCAACCAGAGAUCACUCGCCAAAAGAGUUAGCUCGAUCUUUGACAGGCUGGAAUUGGUCGAUAUUCUCGAUUUUCUGCUUCAGAAAGGCGCCCUCACCCGCCGAUGGGUUGAUGUCCAUAUGGAUACUGCUUUGCCGCCUGUGGAAGCUACCAGUAUAGAGGAAGAGGAAUUCGUGGGAUGGUGGCCCGUGACGAGCGCUUUGUUGGGCACCGUCUAGAUUUCACCAUGUUCUAAGAUUGUACAGUUACAUGUAUACCAAAUCGACAUAUCGCUAUGGAAGAACCUCGUCGAUGAAUCAAAAUCAAU